UCUGUAUCCAAUUAGCACGUUGCCACUCCUGCAAUGCAGUGAAGAGUGAAAUCUUCAUUCACCUUUUCAAACCUUGAAUAUCUAUAGUCGAUACUUUCACCCCGACAUCGGUUUACACCUUACCCCGGAACCCGAGCAGCCUGCGCGACCCCUCCGUGAAGAAGCAGCUCCCGAUUAUCCUCUACAGACUUAACUCGUUCUAUCAAACGCUCUGUGCAGUUGUCCUGCAGAAAAUUUCUUCCUACAAUCCCACCACGGGUUUCGUCAUGAGCCGAAACAUUGAGCCUAAACAUUCCGUAAGAGACCAAGAAGAUGAGAUCGACGAUGACGAUUUGUUGAAGGCCUUGGAGAACGAAGAUGACUCUGCAUAUCGAGCCCAACGUAUCGAACAACUCAACGCCGAGCUCGCAUCCGCCCAGAACAACCGGUCAGUGGUCCCUGCCCCUGGCCAGACAACAAUCACCCAAGAUAGCCUAUACCCAACUCUUGAAAAUGACCGGAUAUUGCUCAAUUUCACAACGGAUACCCAUCGGUGUGUGAUCCAUUUUGCACACCCCGAUUUCGCACGCUGUGGCACCAUGGACGAACAUAUGCGGGCUUUAGCAACACAGCAUUACGACGUGCGCUUUGCCCGUGCCGAUGUUAGGGACACUCCGUUCGUGGUGAAAAAGCUGAAGAUACGCGUUCUCCCUUGUGUGAUCGGGUUUAAAGAUGGAAUUGCUGUUGUGCGUGUAGUUGGCUUUGAAGGUCUUGCUUGGGGCGGGCGUGAUGGAACCGACAGCUUCAGCACGGCAACUCUUGAAAAGAGGCUGUUAUAUGAAGGGGUUCUAGUGCAGGCGAAGAUUAGAGAUAAUGAUGACUCCGAUAUAUCUGAUGCAGAUCACGGGGAUGAGGAUGAGGACGAUGGCAGACGACGAACUCAAGGGAAAAGGGCCAUCAGCGGCAGGGGAACGCGGUACAACAGGGAUGAUGAUGAUGACGAUUGGGAUUGAAAAGGGGGAUCGCUGCCGUUUAACCCUAAUAUUCACGAGUUCUAUUGCCACAAUCUUCGCGGAGCUUCCAGUCUAGAACAUAUUGGCCCGGGAUCUGCUUCUUGAGACACAUGGCUUCGUUGUGACUGAUCGCUGGACAUACAGCUCACAAAAGGCUGUAGGUUUCAGGUUCUCCAAGCCCUUGAUCACUUAGACAGCCUUCCACUAAGCAUUGGAACCCGCAUUCCGAAUGGGCCGGAUAAUAAAAUCACAGUAGCUGCAUAGGUAUGAGCUUGCUUGCUGGCAAGU